CCCCUUCACUUUCUCCACCGAGCACAGUUUGGAUAAAGUGGGAGGCGGCCUGCAGAAGUGAUCUGUUUUCCUUUACACCGGAUUAGGCGAAUACAAACAUACGGAUUGCGUGUUCCAUACGCCAGAGAUUGCCUCCGCUACAACCGUUUGUCUUGUUAAUUGCAAAGAAAAUCUCCGAUUUCAAAGCGGAACGAUCAAAUAGGUGGCGACAAAAAAAAAAUGGCAAAACGUGUGCAACCGACGUGGCAGGCGCCGGAGGAAAAACCCGCCCCGAAGCUGUACCUGUACAACAGUUUGACCCGGCGGAAAGAGCUGUUCGUGCCGCGGGACGGCCGGAACGUGCACUGGUACAGCUGUGGGCCGACCGUGUACGAUGCGUCCCACAUGGGCCAUGCCCGGUCGUACAUUAGCUUCGACAUUCUGCGCCGGGUGCUGAGCGACUACUUCGGCUACAACGUGCUGUACGUGAUGAACAUUACCGACAUCGACGACAAGAUCAUCAAGCGGGCGCGCCAGAACCAUCUGUACGAGCGGUACCUGCAGCAGUCCAAGGACAUGCCGCUGGAGCGGCUGCUCGACGACAGCAAGGAGGUGAUGGCAACGUUCCGCGAGAAUCUGGCCCGCACGACCGACGCAGACAAGAAGACGAUGAUGGACCGGAUGCUGGAGAAGCUGACCGCCGCCGUGGACAAUCUGUCGCUCGCGGUCAAGGAGGGCGACGAGGGACGCAUCCAGCAGGCGCAGGACCAGUUCCUGCAGGAUUCGAAAGAUCCGCUGGCGGAUCUGCUGGACAGCAAGCAGGGCUCGUCGGUGACGGAGAAUGCCAUCUUCGAGACGCUGCCCCGCUACUGGGAGGACGCAUUCCACAAGGACAUGGCGGCCCUGAACGUGCUGCAGCCGGACGUGUUGACGCGCGUCAGCGAGUACGUGCCGCAGAUCGUUACGUACAUUGAGAAGAUCAUCGCGAACGGGCUGGCGUACGAAGCGAACGGCUCGGUGUACUUCGACGUGGCCGGGUUCGACCGAAGGGAGCAGCACCACUACGCGAAGCUGGUUCCGGAAGCGUACGGUGACGCGAAGCAGCUGCAGGAGGGCGAGGGCGACCUCAGCAUCGGCGCCGACCGGCUGACGGAGAAACGUUCGGCGAACGAUUUUGCGCUGUGGAAGAGCAGCAAGGCGGGCGAACCGUGGUGGGACAGUCCGUGGGGCCGUGGACGGCCCGGCUGGCACAUUGAGUGUUCCGCGAUGGCGUCCGACAUCUGCGGCGACUAUCUGGACAUCCACACCGGCGGCGUGGAUUUGAAGUUCCCGCACCACGACAACGAACUGGCGCAGAGCGAAGCGCACGACGGCAGUGCCGAGUGGGUGAAGUACUUCCUACACACCGGCCAUCUCACCAUUGCGGGCUGCAAGAUGUCCAAGUCGCUGAAGAACUUCGUCACGAUCCAGCAGGCGCUGGAGAAGCACACGGCGACGCAGCUGCGGCUCGCCUUCCUCCUGCACUCGUGGAAGGACACGCUGGACUAUUCCGACAACACGAUGGAGAUGGCCGUCCAGUAUGAGCGCUUUCUGAACGAGUUCUUCCUGAACGUGAAGGACCUGACGCGCCACGUCCAGACCGGACCGGCGCGGGACGCGUUCGAUCGCUGGCGACCGGUGGAGGCGGAGCUGGAGCGAAAGUUUGCCGACGCACGUGCCGCCAUCCACGAGGCGCUCUGUGAUAAUGUGGACACGCGCACCGCGCUGGACGUGAUGCGGGGGCUCGUGUCCGCCUGCAACGUGUACAUCAAGGAGCACCGAUCGGCCGGGUUCAAUGCGCUUCUGUUGCGGCGUGUCGCCGCCUACUGCACGGAUUUGUUGCACAUUUUCGGCGCCAUCAGUGGGCCACGCGGUGGAAUCGGGUUUCCCAUUAGCGCUGGAGCGGCCGGUGAUGGCACUGGAAUGGCUGGAGACCUCGAACAAACCGUUAUGCCUUACCUGCAAGCGCUGGCAGAGUUCCGCAAUGCGGUCCGGGAGCAGGCACGCGGUCUGAAGGCGACCGAAAUCCUGCAGCUGUGCGAUCAGCUGCGGGACGAUGUGCUGCCCGGGCUCGGCGUGCGGCUGGAAGAUCGGGAAGGUGCGCCGUCCGCGCUGAAGCUGGUCCCGGCCGAGGUGUUGCUGCGCGAGCGUGAAGCCAAACGUGCCGAGGAAAACCGUAAGGCAGCGGAAAAGGAACGCAAAAAGGCGGAAGCGGCUGCGGCUCAGGCGGCCAAGGACGCACAGCGCAAGAUCAAUCCGCUCGAUAUGUUCCGCAGCGAGACGGACAAGUAUUCGGCGUUCGACGACGCGACCGGGCUGCCCACGCACGAUUUGGAAGGGAAGGAGAUCAGCAAGGGCCAGCUGAAGAAGCUGCAAAAGCUGCAACAGGCACAGGAGAAACGCUACCAGGAGUAUUUGGCUUCGCAGGCGUGAGGGUUGGUUAAACCGCCGCAGCUUCCCUCCUACAAAGCUGGAAAAUAAAUGCAUUUUUACUUCUUCAAACACUACUUUCGGACGUACAGAAGUAACUCGACUGUGCGGAUUUAGUUUUUCGCAGAAAAAAAUUAUUAUGCAUCUUAAAACGUUUGCUCUUUCCACUUUCUUGCUUUUCGUUUAAUAUAUAGGUAGGGCGUAUAUAACAUAACACGUUACUAUGUAUGCGUGAAUAAUCGUUGGAUCCGGUCUACUAUUCUCUCCUUUCUGAUUCCUUUUUUUGGGAAAACAUCUCCUCUCCCCCCAUAGAGGAUUCCUAAAAUCUUCCCACAAGUUCGACAGCGUGAUAAUGAAACACUCUGAUUAGCUGUUGUACCCCGUUUGCUUUGGACGAUUGUUUCUCGGCCGGCGAUCCGGUGCUCUCUGCCAUUACUGAUUGAUAACGUUCUUUGUAAGUCCAUUAUAUCCACUUAAAGGGUUUUCCAGGGGUUCUCAUAGUUGUAAGACACUUCCUUGACUCUUUCCAAUUGGAUGUGAACUUCAUACGCUGGAAAUUGGACUCUAUCGUCAGGCUCAUUGGAAAUUCCUAUUGGAUUUGUCCAACAAGGAUUCUAGAGAGCACAAAUCCCAUUACAAUAAGUUCAUUUCAAAUAGGAAAGAGUCAAUAAAGUGUCCCACAACUAUGCGAAUUCCUGUAAAACCCUUGAAGAGAAGUUAUUUAAAAAAAAACCCAUCAUCAUCUCAACGGAAGUUGGAAACGGAUCAAAUUGAACAAUACAACAGAACGAGCGUUGUUGUUUGGAGGUAGUUUAGUUUUAGAGGAAACGUGGUACGUCCACUGUUGGGUCUGUUUCGGGGUGGACACGGUAUAUGGGCGAAAUGUAGGGAAGUUUCCCAUUGUCCGUUUUGAUUCGGAGUGAACGAACGAACGAACGAGGUAUUCUGUCUAUUUGUGUGUAUAUAAGUGUACGUAGGUUCUGUACGAAACAACCGAACCGACCGGGAAAAGGGCUCAAAACUCGACAUUCUCCUCCAUCUCACCCCGCAAAACAGAGUAAGAGGGAAGGAGGAGCAGGGUGGUGAUGAUAGGAUGGUGCUUCUUUGCUCGUGUAUAAAAUCGACGAUUUAUUAUAUAAGAGUAGCGUUUUUCAUCAAACAAACUGGACCCACAGGUUGUAGGGAUUAAUAUAACAUUGGAUGCGCGUUAUUGUACUUGAAAACAUGGCAACAUGGGAGAGGGAGACGCGUUGAGGAUGGUGUGUGCUCGCCAGGGCGGCAUCUCCACGCCGUAGAUCCGGCGGCUUCCGGUUCCGCAAGCCACAGCAUUCACGAUUGAGAGAGUGAAGGGAGAGAGAUUAACAUUAUGCAGGAAACGACAUUCCUCCCCCAAAACAAAACAUUGCAACAGCGACCGUCACUUUACUGUCGACAGCUUUCCGCUGGGUUGCCUUCCGCUUGAUUCGUGUGCUACUGUCGUAACGAUCUUUCCCCCCUCCCCUCCGCAUGAUCUCUCGUGAUUGUAACAUGCUUUCUUAUUCUUACUCGCUAAUUGGUUGCUUCUGUUGACUCUGCCUACACUACUAUCUAUCGCUUGCCGCGGCCUGAAUCCAUUCCCAAAUUAAUCACAUUCUCUGCUUUCCGUUCUCUUAUGCCUUCACAUUGCUCUGCUCUCGCUUUGCCGUAAACACUAAUAUUGUAACGAGUUAAAAAUUAACCGGAAAGUCACUUUAUACGGUAGUGGUGACAUGGAUGCAUGACGUUGAACUAAACCGAAGCGUUGGAAGGGUGUUGAGGGAUCCUUCUUCCCGCAAUGCGAUCUUUGUAUUCGUAAGCCAACAUUCAAACCAAAGUUCUGCUCCACAAUCACUGUUCUGUUGCUUCUUCUACUGGUGGAAAUUCGAAAUCACAUGAUUAUUUCAAGUGAAACAUGGUUAAUCCAUCCCCGAUUGGCCGCCAGAGUGUGUAUGUGUGUGUGUGUGUGUGGAUGGUUGUGUGAAGAUAUUCAAAAAUAGAUCAAACUCGUACAUUUGAGUUCGUGGUUUUGGGGGAGUGGUGGGCGUGGGAGGCAUGAGAAGUGUUAUCUCUCAUUUAGCCAACAAGGAAACAGAGCGGGAUGAAAAUAAGAGUGACUAAAUUUAGAAGUAAAAGAAAAUAUUUCCCUCCCGAGUGAGUGUGUUGGUGGGAGGGAUCGUUUUCCAAACACUAAAGCACACAAACACACACGCACACACACAAACGCACCUCCACGCGGGCAUCUUAUCCUUGCUCUGUACCGUCCGUUUGGCCACCGAUAACACAAACGAACGCAUUAAAAUUUUAUACUUUUUAAAUCUUAAAACUUAAAAAAAUACACGAAUUAGCAAAGAACGAUGCCAAAAUAUAGUAAAUUGAUGACAAAUGACUUCCGGACAAGGGGAAAAAAACGACGGGCUUCGGCAGCCCGCGGCGUACACAUACCAACUCACACUCACACACGGAGAUGACGAUGACAACAUAUCACCACACGAUCCGGAUCGUAACGUAUCCUUUGUCCACCUAACGCUGUCUGUCUCUGUAGGUUGUCGACCCAUGUGUGUGUGUGUG